CAAGUCUGCAAAUUCUGGCUUUCAACCAGCUAAAUCAUUUCCCUUCACCAUUCUCAACAACUCCAAGCAUUUUCAUCUGUGAAAACCAAAUCAAAUAGCAACCAAGAGAAAGCAACAACACAGAGAAAAACAAAAAAUGUUUCUACGUAGGAUAGCAAGGCCAUUAAUGAUGAUGUCACAAGUGAAAGAAACAACAGGUAUAGUAGGUUUAGAGGUAGUCCCAAAUGCAAGAGAAGUUCUUAUAAAUCUAUACAGGAAAACCCUAGAAGAUAUCAAGGCAGUUCCAGAAGACGAAGGAUACCGUAAAGCAGUGGAGAGCUUUACACGUCAGCGACUCAAUGUAUGCGUGGAGGAACAGGAAUCGGAAGUCAUAGAGAAACGGCUAGGUUGUGGUCAGGUUGAAGAGCUUAUUGAGGAAGCUCAAGAUGAACUUAAGCUCAUUGGUCACAUGAACGAGUGGAAACCUUGGGGCAUUCCUGAUGAAUAUGAAUGUGAAGUCAUUGAAAAUGAUGCUCCAGUACCAAAACACGUUCCCCUACACCGUCCUGGUCCUCUCCCUGAGGAAUUCUAUAAGACAUUGGAGGCUGUUACUUCUGGGAAAUUAGAGGAUGCUGGUUCAAAGAAAGAUGAACCUGCGAUUACAUCGGGUGAAUCACAAUCGCAGUAGGGUCUUCCAGCAGCUCCUUUUGGUUAUUGAUCAGUACAUGCCAAGUUCUAAAACCUGAACAUGCACGAGCUACCAUCCUUGUUCUCACAUCUUUGUGGGUUUCCUAUACCUGUGCCUGAUUGACUGGAGCCGGUGGACAGAAUGGUUGAAUCAUUGGUUAAUAAAAACAAAAGUUUUUUUUUUUUUUUGCUGCAAGAAGCACUCCUAAUUUUUGUUAUGGGUGUGGAAGCUAGCAGACAAUUGGUUAUUUUCUUUUGUUUGGAAAAAUAUCGAUGAUACUUUUGUAUGAGGGAAGUCAUUUUCCAUGAAUAAUAUUUCUUCUAAAAAAUGUUUUCUGGUGUAUGGUUGAUGAGAGAAAAUACUUUAUUAAGAAAAAUGUGUAUUAUAGAU